GGCGCAGGCGCGGUGCGCGCGGCUCCUCCGUCGCGGGGGCGCUGCGCGUCGCCUCCACUCGCUGGGCUGCGAGCCGCGGGCAGUCAGGCCAGCUCCAUGAGGACCAAGCAGGUGAACGUGCUGAUCGCGCUGGCCGCCGUCAUGCUCUUCAGCUUCUCCUGCUUCUGCAUCUCCAGGAUGACUCAAACCAGUAAUCAAUUAAUUAAUUGUAGAAACCAUAUUUUGGAGUUUAAGGAAAAAAUGCUACGUUUAAAAAACAAAACUGAAAGAAAUCGCCAAGAGCUGAUCAAAGCCUUGAGUAAAAUGAAGUAUGAAAUGACACAGAGAAAAAAUAUGUCCAUAAACUUAGUUGAGAAGAAAAUGAAUACAUUGGGUAAGAGUGAAACAGCAUCUAAUACAUUUGAAAUCCUAAAGUUCUUUUUUCCUCAUCUAAGGAAAGCAGGCAGAAUUUAUCCUGAUGUAAUCAUUGGCAAAGAGAAAACAGGUGUCUCUUUUGCACUGGGUAUUUCCACUGUUAACAGAGGAAAUCAGAGUUACCUGAAGCAAACACUGAAUUCCAUUGUCUCCAGGAUGACUCCUUCGGAAGAGAAGGACUCCGUGGUGAUCGUCUCUGUCGCAGAUAGAAAUGAAGAUUAUUUAAAAUCUGUUGUUGACAUGAUUACAAAAAGAUUCAAAAGGCAACUAAGGUCUGGAUCAUUAGAAAUCAUUUCAAUACCUGCCUUUUUUUAUCCAAACAUAUUACACGUCAAGCAGUCAACUGAGGACUCCGGAAGAUCAGAGAGUUGGCGUAUCAAACAAGUACUGGAUUUUUGUUUUUUGAUGCUGUAUGCCCAACCCAAGGCCAUGUAUUAUUUACAGCUAGAAGAUGAUAUCAUAGCUAAAAAGACAUACUUUACAAAAAUCACAGAUUUUGUGCAUAAUAUCACUUCAAAAAAUUGGUUUUAUAUUGAGUUUUCAAUUCUUGGAUUCAUAGGAAAGCUGUUUAAAUCUGAGGACUUAACUGACUUUGUACGUUUCUUUUUAAUGUUCUACAAAGAUAAACCCAUAGACUUGCUCUUGGGGGACAUUUUUCAGGUAAAGAUGUGUAACCCAGGAGAAACUCCUGAAAAAUGUGCAGAACGAAAUAGGCAAAUUCGUAUUCGAUAUAAGCCUUCUCUUUUUCAGCAUGUGGGUAUAGAGUCAUCACUCCCUGGCGAAGAACAAGAUUCCAAAAAAAUAUGAAGACAAUAAGCAUAACAAGAAAAAAACCCUGUAAUACCUUGGAACCUCAGAUAACCUUGCUUUCUCAUGGCCUCCUUCAAAAAUUAUAAUAAUGAAAAUGCAUAAUUGUAUAGAAGAGGAGAAAACAGUAAACUACUAGAAUUGAAAGUACUAAACUACCUCUUACAUCAAGAAAAAUUAAAAUAUUUAUGAUGCUUGUACUAUUACUAUUAUAAUUUAAUUUAAAAAUAGUAAAAGCAGGGAACUUUUUGAAAUUAAGAAAUGUAUUUUGUUAACUUAGUGAUGUUGUCACAUAAUCUCAUUAAAUAUUUACAAGUUUAGAAAAUUGUCAUUGCCACAGACAAGUUCUGUGUAUAUUGGAGUAUGUUCUUAUCCAUUUUGUUAGGACAUCUAAAGAAAUAGAAAGCAUAAUUUAAGCAACCCUGGCUCUAAAUAUUUAAAGAUAUCUUCUUUUAAAUAAAUUCAUUUAAAACUAUGAACUUACCCCAAAGUGCCAUUUGAAUUACCAGCCUCUUGAUAUUUAGGUAUUCUGAUAGUCAUUCAAUUCUAAAGAUUCAUAAUUUCUCUUAUUAUUACCUUUUUAGCUCUGGGGUUAGUUGGUAGUUUUGUGUUUUGUUUUUUUUUUUUCCUUUCAAAUGUAUUGGUUUUUGCCAUCUUUUACUGUUGAUUUAUUUAAUUACAUUGAUAUUAGUGGAUUUUAUCUGUGUGAUGAUUUGAGAAUUGUUAUGAAUUGUACACCCCUUUUCAAAUAUGUUGCAUUCAUUUGUUUUUUAUAAAUGUUAGUUUUGUGCUUUAAAAAUGUCUUUUCAAAAUAUUCCUAUUUAUUGGGUAAAGGACUCUCUUAUGUGAGGCUUUUUAAUUUACAUUUUCAGGUUCUUUUAAUUCUAAUGAAUUUUUGUCUGCUUGAAUGAUCUAUCAGUUUCUUAGCGAAGUCUAUUAAACUCCCCUAUUCUUCUUGUUAUUCUGUUGGGCUUUAUUUGUUUUGAGAAAUAAUAAGAGAUGUUUCUUCUUUCUCCUGA